AUGGCUGAUGUAAAUGAAAAGGAUGACGUUUCAAAAUCUAACUCAAGUCCCAAAGAGGAUGGGGCUCAAAUAGUUCUUAUACCAUCAACUGUAUCAAGUACAUCAAUAGUGCUUGUGGAGAAAACUAUGGCACGUCCUGGAAGUACAAACGGUAUGGAAGACGGAAAUUCUCUGGUAGGACUUGAGAUAGACAAAGGACACAAAAAAGAAAUAUCUUUAACAGAAGGAGAAACAGACGAUGCCCAAGCUGUCACAGAAGUUGCAGAAAGAGAAAAUGAUGAGAAGACCAAAGAACAUAUAACUGGGGAAAAUUUGGGUGGGAAUUUAAAGGGAAAAGGAAGUAAACGUAGGAAGGGGAACAAAAAGAAGAUGGCAGCACAAAAGGCUUCUGAGAUGGUGAUUGGGGAUUCAAAUGAAGGAAAUGAAACAGUAGCAAGUAUAGGUGAAAGACUUACAAUAGAUGAACAUCAUGACAAAGAAAAGGCUAUUGGGGAAGAAUCAUCACACGAGGAAGAUGCUGCCAGAGAAGUUGCAGAAAGAGAAAAAGACGAGAAGACCAAAGAACAUAUAAAUGGGGAAAAUUUGUGUGGGAAUUCAAAGGGAAAGGGAAAUAAGCGUAGAAAUGGGAACAAAAAGAAGAAGGUUGCACAAAAGGCUUCUGAGAUGGUGAUUGGGGAUGCAAAUGAAGUAAAUGCAACAAUAGCAGCUAAAAAUGGACUUACAAUAGAUGAAAAUCAUGACAAAGAAAAGGCUAUAGGGGAAGAAGCAACACAUGAGGAUGUCAAAGAAGCUUCAAUUAAAGGAGAAGCUGAGGAGAAAUCUGAGGAGAAGAAAAAAGGAGAAAAAUUAGGCAAUGGUUCCAAUAGAAGGGGAAGGAGACCUAGGAGGAACAGGAAGAAGGAGGUUGCACAAAAGGCUUCUGAGAUAGCCGUUGUGGAUGGAGAUAAGUCAGAAUCCUCUAGAAAAAAGAAGGCUUUAGAAAAGGUUAAGAGCAUGGGAAUGGUGUUUAUGUGUAGUUCGAAAACAAAAGCUGACUGCUUCCGUUACAAAAUUCUUGGGCUGCCUGCAGGCAAGAAAGAUCAGGUAGCAAAGGUCUAUAAAGGGAUGAGGCUGUUUUUGUUUGAUGUUGAUCUGAGAUUGAUGUAUGGGAUUUUCAAAGCUGCGGGAGCAGGAGGUUUUAACAUUGAACCAAAGGCGUUCAAGUCGGCAUUUCCAUCUCAAGUUCGAUUUACUGUGAUGCAGGAUUGCUUGCCAUUGGCAGAGGAAAUUUUUAGGAAUGUCAUCAAAGAAAACUACUAUAGUAGGAACAAAUUUGAUUGUCAACUGAAUGCGCAGCAGGUGACGAAGUUGUGUAAACUUUUUGUUGCUGCGAAAAGUGGCCCCAGUCCACAAAAGGCCAUAAAAAAUCAUCGAAGUGGGGCAGAUGAAAGUCGUAGAAGUAGACAAGGUGCUCACAUAGCUAGAGACGGAAAGAAACGCAAAAGGUGGUCCCCGGAGGAAGAGACGCAACCCCACCCUCCUUCGGGUCGGGAGCGAAAAAGGUACCAAGACUAUGGUCAGCCCCAUGUUAGAUAUGAACGGGAGGCUUUUCCUUCUCCGGUGCGCCCUGUUGCAAGAUACCUUCCACCGCCACCUCCGGAGGAGCUGGCUCCUGUGAGGUCAUAUGGCUACGAGAGUGCAUACUCUUAUGCACCAAGGCACCAUGAUGAGAUGGUUAGUCGGUCCUACCGUGUUCUAGAUACAGAACCAAGGCACCAUGAUGAGAUGGUUAGUCGGCACCAAGAGCACGAUAGGGAACAUCAUCACUUGUAUGGCAGAGAGCCUCUUACAUACCGUGAUGAUGGGUACCCCUUCGUAGGCCAAAGAGUCGAAUACCAUCACCAUCCAGCAGCAGCUGCUGUAUUGCCAUCACACUACCGCCUUGUAAGCAGAGAGUAUCCUCCUCCUUCUGCAACACAACCAACAGAGUAUCGUCUUUCAGGAGGCUUGCAAGCGGCUGGAUAUCGUGAUGUGGGCCAUGCAUCCGAGUAUCGUUCUUCCACAGCUUCAUUUCUGGAAUACCAUACUCGUGGUCGUCCUUCUCGUUAUGGAUAUUAG